AAAUGCCCUCACGAAGAAGUCUGCUUUUCCAUGGAAACCCGACGCUUAUUGGAGUCCAACCAGAAAUAUGUCGUGAUUUCCGGACCAGUUCGAGGUUUGAGUGAACUCGAACCCGAACCAAACGGUGUGGUCAGUCGAAGAAGGCUAAUUUGAGUGUAUCAACCUGUGUUGUUAGCAUGCUUAUGUCGUUUUAGCUAACUAACUGCCCUGCGGGGGGGGGGGGGGGGGGGGGGGGGGGGCGAAUUGAGAGGAAUGCGAAACGCCGAAAGAAGACGAGCGGUCUGACUGCAGCGCAGGAUGAUGCGGCGCAGAGGCGGCGGCAGCUCGGCUCUGGACCGGGCCGAGUCGCUGCUCUCGGCCAGGAGCAGCAGGACUCGGGGACGCGGCCAGGGAUUCUUCAAAACAACAUCCAACCCCCCAAAUAAACAGGUUUCCUUCUGUAACCUGAGUGAUUUGUCUGCGGACAGCUCAGCUGCAGGAGAGAACUCAGAGCAGGACUCCAGGCCUCACAGUGGUUUUGGCGGGGGCAGCAGGUUUCUGAAAAAGGCUCCUCCACCAACAAGCAGCAGCCGCUCACCCGUCGACAGAAAGCAGAACCUGCUGGAACCCAGGUCUGUCCCGGCCUCCCAGCAGGAAUCGCAAACACAAAUCUCGGCUGAGUCUCGGAGCAGCGAUCGAGCCCCAGAGACCACUGAUUGUGAGACAAAUGGGCCCUCACAUGGGGCGGGUGCGCCCACAGAGGUGAGCAUCUCUGCGGCGUCGGCCACCCAGCAGCAUUCAGCACAGUGGAGCUCAGGGGGAAGCCGCUUCCUGAAGAAGAAGAUGGGCGCGGGUUCUACGCCUGCUGCAGCUCUGAGAUCAGGUGGAGGGGUCAGAUCUACACCUUUGCAGGAUUUAGAGAGCAAGCCUGGGAAAGCAGAGAGUGUGGACAGUGAUGAAGAAUACAUGAAGAAACUGCUGGGGGAAUCGGUGGAUUGUUCAGACAGCAGUUUAGCGGAAGAAGGGGGGCGCCCACCUCUGAAGGAGCCACAGAAGAUGCUCAGCAGUCAGAGGACUCACUCCAUCCCGUCGCCCCCCAGCUCGGCGCCACACCGCCAUUCUCCUUUCAGAUACUCGGGCCGGAGUCAGAACCACUUCAGCCCUUCUGUUUCAUCUCCAGCGACUCCCCUUCCAGGGAAGACCAGCGACUUUCCAAAGGCAGAGAGUCCACAGCAACUCUCCUCAUCCUCGUCGGAGUGUGUUGAAGUUCUCUCUCUGGAGGAGCUGCUCCCUGGGGGGUCAGUUUCUUCGGAAGCACAGAGCAAAAGGAGCGAGGUUUCUGAAGACCUCCACGUCAGCAUAAAGAAUUUGGACGAGCUUAUUCCUGCAUCCACUUCAGAAGCAGAAUCCCAGGAUGAAAGCAGACAGUCUGACCCCACAUGGUGGAGAACGCACCAGCAGCUGUCCCAGGAGGACGAAGAGGUGGUGGACUAUCACAGCGACUUUCACAGCUACUCCAGUGGGACCCAGGUUUCCGAGGAGCUGUCAGACGAAGAGGGGACGCCGUCAGAGAUCAGGACUGAUGGUGCAGACUCGGUAGUUUCCUCCCACACACCCCCAGAGCCACGCCGCCAUGCCUCGCAGACUUCACUGGCUUCAGUCAGAGUUUCAUCUAAGCAGAGGAGCUCUUCAUCCAGAAAACAUUUAAAGAAUGCAGCCGCCCAGACGCAGCCGGAUCACCUGAUUCACGCAGAUGAUGCUUCUGUGCCGUCCGCUGUAGCCCGAAUCUACCUGAGUGCAGCUCCGGGGAGGGGCUAUGCGCUCACUGCAGAGCAGCUGGAAGACAUCGGCACAUACAACCCAGCUGUGUUUGUGGUCAACGAGGUGCUCAAACAGCAGCUCGCCAUGAUCAAGGAGUCCGUGGACAGCAGCAGGCACCUCCACUCCAGCCUGAUGCAGAGCCUGGAGCCCCCCAGCUACAGAUACACCACCCUGCAGGACACCAUCCAGAACAUCCGCAGACGCAGGCCUUCCAAACUUGCCAUGGAGAGACACCUGGAAGAGGUUCUGCAGAAGGUGAAACUCUACCACAAGACCCCCGAGUUGAACAUCCAUCCAUCAUUUUCUUUAUCCAGAGCCUGGGGGCAUCGAUCUCAUUUGAUGUCUUCAAUUUGGCUUUAUUAUCUGAGCACACCAAUCAACUUGCAGGUCAGUAAAUAUUUUAGCUUCAGAGAAAGUCUUAAAAUAUGUUGCCUAAUCUUCCUUUGAGUGGUCUGCAUAUACAGGUGACUUUGUGCAAA